AUGCUACCCGCGGGCUGGCCACAGGCUCGACCUCUGGAGCACAUCUGGAGGCUGCCGCAAGAUGUGUCCCCGUGCAGCAAGCAGCCAGCCGCGACUAAAGUUCUCCUGGUGUCCUUCGAUGGCUUUCGGUGGAACUAUGACCAGGACGUGGACACCCCCAACCUGGAUGCCAUGGCAGCAGAGGGAGUGAAGGCACGGUACAUGACUCCUGCCUUUGUCACCCUCACCAGCCCGUGCCACUUCACGCUGCUGACCGGGAAAUACCUCGAGAACCACGGGGUGAUACACAACAUGUGGUUCAACACCAGCACGGGGGUGAAGAUGCCCUAUUACGUCACGCAAGGCAUCAACAGCUGGUGGGACAACGGCAGCCUGCCCAUCUGGAUCACAGCUCAGAGACAGGGUUUAAAGACAGGCUCCAUCUAUUUCCCUGGGGGGAGAGCAAAAUAUCAAGGGGAAGAAGUGAAUAUGAAGAUAGUGGAGCCCCCCAUAUUCAACUACAGCAAUGAAACCAAUUGGAGACAGAACAUCGACACUGUGAUGGAAUGGUUCACGGUGAACAACCUCGACUUCAUCGCCCUCUACUUCGGUGAGCCAGACUCAACGGGACACAAGUACGGCCCCGAGUCCGAGCAGAGGAAAGCCAUGGUCAGCCAGGUGGACAGAACCAUCGGCUACUUAAGGCAACGUAUCAGGGAAAGUGGCUUGGAACCAAACCUCAACCUCAUCAUCACGUCUGACCACGGCAUGGAGACUGUCAUAAAGACCAAUGAGAUUCACAUCCAGACAGUAGAGAACUUCACGUUCAGCGACAUCCAGUUUGAACUCUUAGACUACGGACCAAACGGACUACUGAUACCGAAAGAAGGGAAAUUGGAGCACGUGUAUUCAGUCCUGAAAAAUGCCCACCCAAAGUUACAUGUGUACAAAAAAGAAGAGUUUCCAAAGAGAUUCCACUAUGCCAACAACCCCCGGAUCACCCCGCUCCUGAUGUACAGCGAUCCGGGAUAUGUGAUCCACGGGCGCUUCAAGGUGCAGUUCAACAAGGGGGAGCACGGCUUUGACAACGAGGCCAUGAACAUGAAAACCAUCUUCCGCGCCGUGGGGCCGGCCUUCAAGCAGGGGCUGCUGGCCGAGCCCUUCGAAAGCGUCAACGUCUACGCGCUGCUCUGCGAGCUGCUGGGCAUCGUGCCCGAGCCCCACGACGGCUCCCUGGAGGUCCUCAAGCCCCUGCUGCGUUCAAGCGCUCCUCUCCUUGCUGCCACGAAGCUGUCAGUGAUGCUGGGGAUUGCUCUCACUCUGCGAUGCUGGGGAGGAAUAUACUAAACCCCCCCUAGCAGAGCCUCCAGGUUCCAGGCAGCUCUACCAGAAAUGUGUGGGGAGGUGAGGAGGAAUGUGUCUGAAGAAGACAGCCAGAGAAGUGUAUGGAGACCCCGCUCCAAAACCUCCCCAAUUUUCUCAUCCACAUUCCUCCAGCGUUACUGAGUCCCAGAGUGGGGAAGCCCUCCCCAGCUGUGGUGUGCACCAGGGAUGCACGGCUGUGGAAGCUGACACUGACGCUCAGUGUGACCCUGACAAAAGCAUCCUGUGUCGGUGCUGCCCCAACUUCCCCAUCUGCUGAAGGGAGAAAAACUCCAGCUUGGUUCGGACGAGGGACAGUUAUUACAUGAUGAGCUUCUAAAGCAAUUAAAAGCAUAUCUAAGUUCU